UUGCCGUUUCAGGUUGCAUCACAAAAGCCUGAUAUCACUUAUAGUGAUGUUGGAGGUUGUAAAGAACAAAUUGAAAAAUUACGUGAAGUUGUCGAAACGCCUCUGCUGCAACCAGAAAAGUUUGUGAAACUUGGAAUCGAACCUCCAAAGGGAGUUUUGCUUUACGGACCUCCUGGCACUGGCAAAACGUUAUGUGCAAGAGCCGUAGCUAAUCGUACCGAUGCAUGUUUUAUACGUGUGAUUGGUUCGGAACUUGUACAGAAAUACGUUGGCGAGGGAGCCCGAAUGGUUCGAGAGCUUUUCGAAAUGGCACGGGCGAAAAAGGCUUGUCUUAUAUUUUUUGACGAGAUCGACGCCAUUGGAGGCGCACGCUUUGACGAUGGCAUGGGGGGCGACAAUGAAGUACAACGAACGAUGCUGGAGCUGAUCAACCAGCUGGACGGUUUCGAUCCGAGGGGGAACAUAAAAGUACUGAUGGCAACAAACAGACCUGACACCUUGGACCCAGCAUUGGUUAGGCCGGGUAGAUUAGAUCGGAAGAUCGAAUUCGCAUUGCCAGAUCUUGAAGGAAGAACACAUAUUUUUAAAAUUCACGCCCGGCAGAUGAGUGUUGAGCGAGACAUCCGUUACGAAUUACUCGCUCGCCUUUGUCCCAAUAGCACUGGGGCCGAGAUUCGAAGCGUUUGCACCGAAGCCGGGAUGUUCGCGAUCAGAGCUCGACGGAAGGUAGCUACAGAAAAAGAUUUUCUGGAAGCCAUCCAAAAAGUCAUUAAAGGAUAUGCGAAAUUCAGCGCCACCCCCAGAUAUCUAACUCACAACUAG